UGACUGUGUGAAAAGUACCAACGAACGGUGUUGUUCGAUGUUCAUUGUUGGAAGAACGUCGAAGCGAGAGUAUUCACGUUGCUUCCUUUUAAACGAGCACAUCGUUCACGAGUAGAAAAUAUGUUGUUCUUCGCUGUAUCGUCUAUUCUCCUGGCAGCGGUCUCCGCUGAAUUUUGCUAUACAGACGUGGAAGGUGCUUGCAGCACAAGACCAACGGCGAAUGAAGGUGCACUAGUACCAAACUGUAACGCGAAAUAUGGAGCCAUCGACAAGCUUCAAGUCGACCUCCAAUCUUAUGCAACUGCUAAUAUCGAAUCCAGUUUCGAAUUUUUAUUAAUGUCCAGUUAUUUUGGAAAUUAUGAAAAUCAACGGGAAGGAUUCAAAGGAUUAUACCGUAAAUAUUCGGAUAAAAUGUGGGAGGACGCAAUCGAUAUAAUCAAAUAUAUAGCUAAACGAGGCGGAAGAAUGAACUUCAAUCAGUUGCCACGUUUCAAGAGUCAAACGAAGGAAAGCAGAGUACUAGAACUGAACGAACUGACCAGUUUAGCUAAGGCGCUCGACACUCAAAAACAGCUCGCGAACGAAGCGUUGCACGUACAUGCUCAAGCACAGCCCAACAACAAACACGAUCCUGCUGUUGCUCAUUACAUCGAAGAACAAUUCUUGGAAUCACAUGCCGAACGCGUACGAGAUUUGGCAGGCUACACGAGCGAUAUGAAGAAGUUAUUAACCGUACGCGAUCCAUCCGUAUCGAUAUUUUUGUUCGACGAAUUUCUUAAGAAAACUCUAUAAAUUGUUCAUAAUCAAAAUUACAAAGAUACGAAACAAAAUUUUAUACUUAUUAUAUCUGUCUAUCGAAAAUUCUCCGUAUCAGUAAGGUCCGUUCAUUACAAAGUAUAUUCUUUUUUUUUCUUUCUUUUUUAGUUGCGCAGCAAAUAUCUGCAUUUAGAAUUACCGAGAUAUAUAUAUAUAUAUACACAUGUGUUAAUUUUUCGACAUGUUUCAUUCAAUAAAGUAUAUACUUUA